AUGUCUACGGACGCUGAGAUGGCCGUCUUUGGGGAGGCAGCUCCCUACCUCCGGAAGUCAGAAAAGGAGAGAAUCGAGGCCCAGAACAAGCCUUUUGAUGCCAAGUCAUCAGUCUUUGUGGUGCAUGCUAAGGAAUCCUUUGUGAAAGGGACAAUCCAGAGCAGGGAAGGAGGGAAGGUCACUGUCAAGACUGAAGGUGGAGAAACUCUGACCGUGAAGGAAGACCAAGUCUUCUCCAUGAACCCUCCCAAGUACGACAAAAUCGAGGACAUGGCCAUGAUGACCCACCUCCACGAACCCGCUGUGCUGUAUAACCUCAAAGAGCGUUAUGCAGCCUGGAUGAUCUAC